AUGUGUGACGGCGUCCUGCUGCCGCCCCUCGUCCUGCCCGUGCUGCUGCUGCUGCUGGUGUGGGGUCUGGACCCGGGCACAGCUGUGGGCGACGCGGCGGCCGACGUGGAGGUGGCGAUCCCGCGGCCCGUGCGCCCCGACGACCUGCACCUGCCGCCCGCGCCCGGCGCUCCGGGGCCCCGGCGACGGCGGCGGCCCCGCGCGCCCCUCGGCGCCCCGCGCGCCCGGCCGGCCGAACGCGCCCUCCUGCUGCACCUGCCCGCCUUCGGGCGCGACCUGUACCUGCAGCUGCGCCGCGACCUGCGCUUCCUGUCCCGGGGCUUCGAGGUGGAGGACACGGGCGCAGCCCGGCGCCCCGCCGAGCUCUGCUUCUACUCGGGCCACGUGAUCGGGCACCCGGACUCCCUGGUCUCGCUCAGCGCCUGCGGUGCCGCCGGCGGCCUGGUGGGCCUCAUCCAGUUGGGGCCGGAGCAGGUACUCAUCCAGCCCCUCAACAAUUCUGGGGGCCCAUUCGGCGGACGUGAACAUCUGAUCAGGCGCAAAUGGUCCUCAAGCUCCAGCCCAUCUCUCGAGGCCCCGGAACCCAGAGAGCGCUGCGGGUUGCUGACAGAAAAGAAGCCCAGAAAGGGCAGGCCACCGUCGAGGGACUGGCGGGAGCGGAGGAAUGCCAUCCGGCUCACGCACGAGCACACGGUGGAGACGCUGGUGGUGGCCGACGCUGACAUGGUGCAGUACCACGGGCCCGAGGCUGCCCAGAGGUUCAUCCUCACCGUCAUGAACAUGGUUUACAAUAUGUUUCAGCACCAGAGUCUCGGAAUCAAAAUUAACAUUCAAGUUACCAAGCUCGUUCUGCUACGGCAGCGUCCUGCCAAGCUGAACAUUGGGCACCAUGGUGAGCGGUCCCUGGAGAGCUUCUGUCACUGGCAGAAUGAGGAAUAUGGAGGCGCACGGUACUUGGGCAACAACCAGGUCCCAGGAGGGAAGGAUGACACGCCCCCUGUGGAUGCUGCUGUGUUUGUCACGAGGACAGAUUUCUGCGUUCAUAAAGAUGAACCUUGUGACACCGUUGGAAUUGCUUACUUAGGAGGUGUGUGCAGCUCUAAGAGGAAAUGUGUGCUUGCCGAAGACAAUGGGCUCAAUCUGGCCUUUACCAUCGCUCAUGAGCUGGGCCACAACUUGGGGAUGAACCAUGAUGAUGACCACUCGUCCUGUGCUGGCCGGUCCCACAUCAUGUCCGGUGAAUGGGUGAAAGGCCGGAACCCCAGUGACCUCUCCUGGUCCUCCUGCAGUCGAGAUGACCUAGAAAACUUCCUCAAGUCCAAAGUCAGCACCUGCUUGCUGAUCACAGAUCCCAGGAGCCAACAUGCUGUCCGCCUCCCACACAAGUUGCCGGGCAUGCACUACAGCGCCAAUGAGCAGUGCCAGAUCCUAUUUGGCACCAAUGCCACCUUCUGUAGAAACAUGGAGCAUCUGAUGUGUGCCGGCCUGUGGUGCCUGGUGGAAGGAGAUUCAUCCUGCAAGACCAAGCUGGACCCUCCCCUGGAUGGCACCGAGUGUGGGGCAGACAAGUGGUGUCGGGCUGGCGAGUGCGUGAGUAAGACCCCCAUCCCCGAGCACGUGGACGGAGACUGGAGCCCCUGGAGCCCCUGGAGCAUGUGUAGCCGGACGUGUGGGACGGGCGCACGUUUCCGGCAGAGGAAAUGCGACAACCCCCCCCCUGGGCCUGGAGGAACACACUGCCUGGGCCCAAGCGUGGAGCACGCGGUCUGUGAGAACCUGCCCUGCCCCAAAGGUCUUCCCAGCUUCCGGGACCAGCAAUGCCAGGCUCAUGACCGAUUAAGCAGCAAGAGGAAGGGCCUGUUGACAGCUGUGGUGGUUGAUGAUAAGCCAUGUGAACUCUACUGCUCGCCCAUCGGCAAAGAGUCCCCGCUGCUGGUGGCUGACCGCGUCCUGGACGGCACACCCUGUGGACCCUACGAGACUGACCUCUGCGUGCAUGGCAGGUGCCAGAAAAUCGGCUGCGAUGGCAUCAUUGGAUCUGCGGCUAAAGAAGACCGGUGUGGGGUCUGCAGUGGGGACGGCAAGACGUGUCGUGUGGUGAAGGGUGACUUCAGCCACUCUCGGGGGACAGUCAAGAACGAUCUUUGUAUGAAGGUGUCCACGUGUGUGAUGGCAAAGGCAGUCCCCAAGUGUUUCUCAUGUUAUAUAGAAGCUGCGGUCAUUCCCGCCGGAGCCCGGAGGAUCCGUGUGGUGGAAGACAAACCUGCUCACAGUUUUCUGGCCCUCAAAGACUCCAGUAAGAAAUCCAUCAACAGCGACUGGAAGAUAGAGCUCCCUGGAGAGUUCCAGAUCGCAGGCACCACCGUCCGCUACGUGAGAAGAGGCCUGUGGGAGAAGAUUUCUGCCAAGGGACCAACCAAAAUCCCACUGCAUUUGAUGGUGCUGUUAUUUCAUGACCAGAAUUAUGGAAUCCAUUACGAGUAUACCAUCCCCGUCAACGCCACAGCUGAAAAUCAAAGCGAGCCGGCCAGGACGCAGGACGCGCUGUUCAUCUGGACACACAGCGGCUGGGAGGGGUGCAGUGUGCAGUGCGGAGGAGGGGAACGCAGGACCAUCGUGUCAUGCACACGGAUUGUGAACAAAACUACCACUCUGGUGAACGACAGUGACUGUCCCCAGGCAAGCCGCCCUGAGCCCCAGGUCCGGAGGUGCAACACACAUCCAUGCCAGUCACGGUGGGUGGCAGGCCCCUGGAGCCCCUGCUCGGCGACCUGUGAGAAGGGCACACAGCAUCGGGAGGUGACGUGCGUGCACCAGCUGCCGAACGGCACCCACGUCACCACGCGGCCCCUCUACUGCGCGGGCGCCCGGCCAACACCGCUGCAGAGCUGCGAGGGCCAGGACUGCCUGUCCAUCUGGGAGGCGUCCGAGUGGUCAGAGUGCUCUGCCGACUGCGGCCAAGGGACACAGAAGCGAACUGUGAUGUGCACCAACUCCCAGGGGAAGUGCGACUCGGCCACCAGGCCGAAAGCCGAGGAGCAGUGCGAGGACUACUCGGGCUGCUACGAGUGGAAGACCGGGGACUGGUCCAAGUGCUCCUCCACCUGCGGGAAGGGGCUGCAGUCCCGCGUGGUGCAGUGCAUGCACAAGGUCACCGGCCGCCACGGCAGCGAGUGCCCCGCCAUCGCCAAGCCGGCCGCCUACCGACAGUGCCAGCAGGGGGCCUGCAACGACAAGAUCAACGUGAACACCAUCACCUCCCCGCGCCUCGCCGCGCUGACCUACAAGUGCACCCGGGACCAGUGGACGGUGUACUGCCGCGUCAUCCGCGAGAAGGACCUGUGCCAGGACAUGCGCUGGUACCAGCGCUGCUGCCAGACCUGCAGGGACUUCUACGCCACCAAGAUGCGCCCGCAGCCUGCGCCCCCCAGCUCGUGACGCGUG